AUGAAGGUCUGGGUGCAGCUGCUUCCGGGCCUCGUCUGGAAUGUGCUCGGCGGGAAAGAGGAGGUCCAGCUCAGAGUCUGUGGUGAAAGGCAUGGUAGCAAUGGUGGUCGUAGUCGUGAAAGUUAGGUAAAUUAUGCAAGACUGUCCGUGAAGUAUCCUACGGAGAUUCUACGGGCAAAAGCGAAGCGAGAAAGCGGAUGCAGCGGCAGCGGAGGCGAUGUGCAGGUGUGGCGGCGGGUUGCCCUUUAUGAACUGCAGCCGUUUCAGCCAUAUAUGGCUGUCCUUUGCUCUGUCGACAACGUUCGUGGCGGUGUGCAGGGCGCUGAUCCUAUCGUUGGAUCGCAGACGGCCUCACCUGGCCCCCGGAGGCGACGAUGAUCACCUAACACGUUCCAAGCACGUACGUCCGACGUACAUUCAGCAUGUUGCUUCAUUCGUUUUGAUAUUUUCAAACGGAGACCAGGUUGCUCGUCGGGAUUCCCUCUCUUCCGGAGUGCUUUUUCUUGGUUCGUGGUUACCUUCUGAGCUCACUUCAGGAGGGCUUCCGGUACCUAGCAUGUCGCAAGUUUCAGCAUCUGAAGGUGUAAUUUGUAUGAACCAAUGAUUGUGAGUGGCAUCCGUGGUCAGCUUGCCGCGAAAUCCGCCCCAUCGCGAAGUCCGGAGAUCAUGAAGGAUGCGC